AAACAGAGGAUGAGGUGUGUACAUAUAAAAACAUGUCUCGCUGAUCCGCCCAAAUAACUUCCAACUGCUACCGAUUUCGAGCGAAGCCCAAAAAUGUCAGUCUCUUUGCAAUCUCCGCCCUCCUCAGCUGUCUCCUCUUUCCAGGGAACAAGGCUGAGGUUUUCCAAUGGAUCUCCAGCUUCCAAUCUGCUCUUCAACUUCCAGCGAUCAUUUCCUGUCAUUCGGGCCUCCUCUCUCGACACCGGUUCAACCACUGAAUUGGACCUCGUCUCUAGCUUCAGUGAGAUCGUUCCAGACACCGUCAUUUUCGAUGACUUCGAGAGGUUUCCUCCAACCGCUGCUACAGUGAGCUCUUCCCUGCUCUUGGGUAUAUGUAGCCUCCCUGACACCAUAUUCAGAAAUGCUGUGGAUAUGGCAUUGGCGGAUUCAGAGUGCAAUAAGCAUGAAAACUCCGAAUUGAGAUUGUCAUGUUUCAGUAACAAGGCUUUAGUGAAUGUUGGUGGUGAUUUGGCGAAACUAGUUCCUGGCCGAGUGUCUACUGAGGUGGAUGCACGUCUUGCUUAUGACACGCAUGGCAUUAUCAGAAAGGUGCAUGACUUGCUGAAGUUGUACAAUGAAGUUAAUGUUCCUCCUGAGCGUUUGUUGUUCAAAAUUCCUUCAACUUGGCAAGGAAUUGAAGCUUCAAGAUUACUAGAAUCUGAGGGCAUACAGACACAUUUGACAUUUGUGUACAGCUUUGCUCAAGCUGCAGCUGCAGCCCAAGCCGGCGCUUCUGUUAUUCAGAUUUUUGUUGGCCGUCUUAGGGAUUGGUCUCGCAACCAUUCUGGUGACCCUGAGAUAGAAGCUGCUCUCAAGAGAGGGGAGGAUCCUGGGUUAGCCUUGGUGACAAAGGCAUAUAACUACAUCCACAAAUAUGGACAUAAAUCAAAGUUAAUGGCAGCAGCAGUUCGGAAUAAGCAGGAUUUGUUCAGUCUCUUGGGGGUUGACUACAUCAUUGCACCACUGAAGGUAUUGCAGUCACUCAAAGAAUCAAUCACUACCCCUGAAGAGAAGUAUUCUUUCGUCAGGAGGCUAUCUCCACAAUCUGCUGCCAUCUACAAGUUCGAUGAAGAAGAGCUUGUCAAGUGGGACCAAUUAAGCUUUGCAUCGGCUGUGGGACCUGCAGCCGUGGAGCUUCUGGCCAGUGGACUGGAUGGUUAUGCUAAUCAAGCAAAUCGAGUUGAGGAAUUAUUUGAGAAAAUUUGGCCACCUCCAAAUGUAUGAAGUGCUGUCUUCUGUUGCUAAGCUGAUCUUGCCUUGCCUUGCCUUUCAUGGAAUAAGAAGGAAAUACUGGUUUGGCUUUCGUUUUUCCGUCUCUCUCUCCUUUUUUUCUCUCUUGUAAUGUUUAUCUCCAGCAACACUUGAUCUCAGCAAAGAACUUUAUGUUGUCAUAAAAA